CGGAGGGACCGCCUCGGGUUACGGCUCGUCGACGCGCGGCAAAGACGCCACGGACGACGCGCAGCAUCACGAGAAAAUGAACGGCUACAGGAAGAACAAUUUCGAGGCCUACGGUGUUUACGCGGCGUCGAGUGGCGCCGGUGACGGGGCGUCGGCCGCGGCGGACGACGAUCACGGCUUCCUGGCCUCCGAGAAGAAGACACAGAACAAUCAGGCGCAGUUCAAAGGUGUUAUGGUGAACGCUAGUGGCGAGUCGAGUGUUGUGAUGGAACAGAAGAGGCCCGUGAAGGAGGCCAUGACGACGUCGAUGGGCAGUCCCUGGUGCAGGCCGACGAUACUGCUGCUGAUGUUGGUCCUGCUGAUCGUCAUAUUCGUCCUCGUCGCCGGCAUUCUCUUGUACUUUAAUUAUAUGUCAUAUAAACCACGUCAUCCUGUGAUCGAGGGUAAGGAACUUAAUUACCCAAGUAGUAAUAAUGAGCCAUGCGAGAAGACGUUCUGCGCCUGGGGCAUGACGUGCGUCGUGUCGGACGCCGGCCAGGCCAUGUGCCAGUGCCAGAAGACGUGCCCCGAGGCGAGGCUGCCGGUCUGCGGCGAGGACGGCGUCACCUACGACAAUCAGUGCCAGCUGCGUCGCACGAGCUGCCUCAAACGCAAGGAGAUGCGCGUCAAGCAUCAGGGGCCUUGUGAAAAAACCGACCCCUGCGCCAAGCUGAAUUGUAGCCUCGGCUCGCACUGCGUGAGGACGCCCGACGGCGAGGACGCGCGAUGCGAGUGCAUGGACUCGUGUCCGAGCCACGGCGAUCACGACGCCGCGGGCCCGGUUUGCGGCAGCGACGGCGUCGAUUAUCCCAGUCUCUGCGACCUGAAUCGCGUCGCCUGCAGCACGUCGACCAACAUCAGUGUCGCCUUUCGCGGCAAGUGCGAUCCGUGCGCGGGAGUGGAGUGCACCGAGCCCGAGAUCUGCCAGCUCGACGCUCAGCGCCAGCCGGCCUGCCGCUGCAACGAGCAGUGCGGACCCGAGCACGAGCCCGUCUGCGGCAGCGACGGCAAGACAUACGCCAACGAGUGUAAUUUGCGCCUCGAGGCCUGCAGAACCAGACAGCGGGACCUCAGGAAGAUCUACGCUGGUGCUUGCAAUUCCGGCGUGAAUCCCUGCGACGGCGCCAAGUGCGGCCCGCAGGAGCAGUGCGCGAUCGAUCGCUACGGCAUCGCCAAGUGCGAGUGCGGCCCCGAGUGCGAGGCCGUGAUGCGGCCCGUGUGCGCCCGCGGCGGCACCACCUACGCCUCGCACUGCGAGCUCAAGCGGCAGGCCUGCAUAACGCGCACCAGCAUCGAGCUCGCCUACAGCGGCGUCUGCGGCUCCAGAGGACCCUGCUCGGACAAGAUAUGUCAAUGGGGCGCCGAGUGCGUGGAAAUCAACGGCAUCGCCAACUGCGAAUGCCCGAGCUGCUCGGCCGAAUUCCAGCCCGUUUGCGGCGACGACGGAAUUAGCUACGGCAACGAAUGCAAACUUAGGCACGAGGCAUGUCAGCACCGACGCGAAAUUCGCGUGCUCUACCACGAGCAGUGCAAUGUCUGCGAGAGCAAAAAGUGCGAGCACUACGGCGUGUGCGAGACCGACACUAACGGCGAGGCCAAGUGCGUCUGUCCCAGCGAGUGCAGCAACAACAGCAGCGAGUCGUCGGGAAGUUCGUCGAGCUCGGCGGUAGUUUGCGGAUCCGACGGAGUGACCUACGACAGCGAGUGCGAGCUCAAGAAAGUCUCCUGCAAGACCCAGAGCCUCAUAGUGGUCAGCUACAAGGGUGACUGCGAACAAUGCGCCAACGUGGCCUGCGAGAACGGAGCCCGCUGCGAGGCCGGCCAGUGCAUCUGUCCGCUGCAGUGCCCCGAGCCCACGGGCGACUCGGUCUGCGGCAGCAACAGCAAGACGUACCCGAGCGAGUGCGAGCUGCAGAAGGCCGCCUGCCAGCGCGAGCCCCACCUGCCGCCGCUGCACGUCACCUUCUACGGCGAGUGCGGCGAAGGAUUCCCCGUGGCCGCUCUCAGCCUUGAGGUGAAGCCCUGCAACGGCGAACAGCCGAUGCUCGACUCCGAGGGCAAAGAGUACGACUGCGGCGACGGCCCCAAUCGACGCGACUGUCCGAGUCUCGGCUACUGCCAUCGCACGCCCCGAUUCGCUCGCUGCUGUAGUAAGAUCUCGGCUGGUCCCGGUGGUGGUGUCAACGGUGGUGCCAACGGUGGUAGCAACGCGGCUCGCCCACCGGCCACGCGUUGCGAGGACUCCUGGCACGGCUGCUGUCCGGACGGCAGAACAGCGGCCCUGGGUCCCGACGGAGCCGGUUGCCCCAACCAGUGUGGCUGCAAUCGACACGGCAGCCUAGCCGACACCUGCGACCCCGAGUCCGGCCAGUGUCAAUGUCGGCCCGGCGUCGGUGGCCUCAAGUGCGACAGAUGCAUGCCCGGCUACUGGGGACUGUCCAAGAUCGACAAAGGCCAUCAAGGCUGCAUACCAUGCGGUUGCUCGCUGUUCGGCUCGACUCGCGAGGAUUGCGAGCAGAUGACGGGCCUGUGCGUCUGCAAGCCCGAGAUCCAAGGGAAAAAGUGCACAAUCUGCACCGAUCAUAAUAAGAUUCUGACUCCAAAGGGAUGUCAGCCAGUGGACGCCGUGCUGCCCAUACCGAGCAGCUGCAACAAGCUCGAGUGCUACUCGGGCGGCCAGUGCUCGGAGUCGUCUAGCGCCACGGGCUUGGCGGCGCCCCACUGCGUCUGUCCCAACGACUGCCCCGAGGACUCACCCGCUCGCGGCUUCACCGUCUGCGGCAGCGACGGCCAGACCUACGACAACGAGUGCGAGCUCAAGCUCUACGCCUGCCGCUACCAGACCGACGUCGUGGCCCAGGCGUUCGGCCAGUGCAGAGACGACUCGAUGACCGCCAAUACGGACCUGCCGGUCAAGCGAUUCACGGCGAUGCAUUACACCCAGCCGGACGCGGCGAUCUCCCCGCUGUCUAAGUCGACCAAGCACCUGAUGGUUCCGGAACCCGACGCGCGCUACUACUACACGAAUCGCGCUGGAUCCGAGGAGACGCCACCGGUCGACCGUAAGAAUCUCAAGCAAGGUUCAGCGGCGGCCUAUCGACCGACACCGGCGACGAUCCGCGUCGUGACUCCGAUUUUGGGCGAGUACUGCGCGGAGAACAAGGACUGCGUGAUCAUCGGCAGCAUCUGCAAAGACAGCCGGUGCGCCUGCGGACCGGACUACGUCGAGACCAGCGACAGGCAGGACUGUUCCAGCAUAGGUGAUAACGCACCCGUGCUGCCGACCGAGGAGUUCCGCGCCUGCUCGUCCUCGCCCUGCCAUCCCAAAUCCAUCUGCAUCGAUCUACCCGGUUCGACGUACACGUGCCAGUGUCACGAGGACUACUUGGGCUUCCACUGCGACGAGCCAGUGAACCGGCGCGACUACGAGGUCGCCUCGUUCGACGGCAAGAGCUACGUUCGCAUGAACAAGUUGAAGGGCUACUUCAAGAUCAGCAUCGACGUCGAGUUCAAGACCUACGCGGAGAACGGCAUACUCAUGUACAAUCAGCAGAAGGUGGACGGUACCGGAGACUUCGUGUCGUUGGCCAUCGUCGAUGGAUUCGUCCAGUUCAGAUACAAUUUGGGCAACGGACCGGUGAUCCUGACGUCGGCCGAGCGAGUCUCCAUGAAGCAGUUCCAUCGUAUAUCCGCCAAGAGGUAUCACAAGGACGGCGUGCUGCAGUUCAACGAGGGCGACGAGGUGGCCGGACAGAGCGAGGGAAUGUUGAAGAGUCUCGACUUGAAUCAGGACACGUACAUCGGCAACAUACCCACGAACUACAGCAAAGUGUUCGACAACAUCGGUACGUCGCACGGCUUCCUCGGCUGCAUACGCAAGCUUCGCGUGAAUCGCGAGCCGAUCGAUCUGCACAUGGGCUACGAUCGCGACAUCCUCGAGACGUAUCGCAUCAAGGAAUGCCGCGAGAAUGGCUGCGCCAAUCUGCCCUGCCAGAACGGUGCCACCUGCCAGCCGAUCUUCGAGGAAGAUCUCAACUGCCGGGGCAACGACUGUCUAUUGGCACCAGGCGGCAGACGCUCGAAGCGACGAAACAGGCGUGGAGGCAAGCAGCGCCGAUCCAGUAAUGGUCCGGAAAAUAUGAGCGUCGUCAAGUGCAAGGGUGGCCAAUGCGAUUUGAACAACAACAAUAGCAACAACAACAACAACAACAGCUACAACGAGGAGAGCAGAAGGCCGUGUUUGGAGCCCGGCUGCGAUCAUCCUUUGAUGGAGGACGAUCAACAACUGGCCGACUACGACGACAGCUACGAGCGUCAGGGCUACGAGGCCGUCGAGCUUGAGUACCAGUGCAUCUGUCCGCCCGAGUACACCGGCAAGAAUUGUGAGAAGUCCCUCGAUCCGUGCAACAGUGCGCCCUGCCAUCACAGCGCCACCUGCGACAUACUGCCCGAGGGCGGCUACCUCUGCAAGUGUCCGCCCGGCCGCACGGGCCAGCACUGCGAGAUACUCGACGCCGAGCUGACCGAGUUCAUGAUUCCGGAGAUGCACGGCGACGGCUUCCUCGAGCUGCCCUGUCUCGAGGGCGUCGCGCGCACCUUCUCCAUUGAACUCUGGUUCCUCACCCGGGCCACCGACGGCCUGCUGCUUUACAACGGCCAGCUCGCGAACGGCCGCGGCGACUUCAUCAGUCUCAAUCUCGUCGACGGCUUGCUCGAGUUCCGCUACAAUCUCGGCAGCGGCAUCGCCAACAUCACGUCGCCCGAUCCGGUCAGCCUCGAUACCUGGCACAGCGUCCGGAUAUCGCGACUCGGCCGAGAGGGCCUGCUUCGACUCGACAACGGCACCGUGGCGCGCGGCUUCUCCGGCUCGCCUCUGACCGAGCUGAAUCUCGAGAUGCCGCUCUAUAUCGGUGGGGUGCGACACUGGCACGAGGUGCACCCGCUGGCCGAGGCCUCGACCGGCAUGUUCGGCGCCGUGCAGCGAUUGAUGGUCAACGACAAGACCUACCAGAAUCUCGCGGUGAACUUCACACAGCACAACACCGAGAUCUACGACGGUCUGCCCUGCCCGAGCGACUCGAAUCCCUGCCGAAAUAACGGCGUCUGCUUCCCGCUGCUCAACAGCUUCUUCUGCAAAUGCGCCAAGGGCUACGACGGCAUCAAUUGCGAAUUCUUCAUGGGUUACGAUUUCACGGGGAGGGAAGUCGUCGAACCGGCGGUAAGAUUUACCGGGGAAAACUUUUUGCAGUUCAAGCAUCGAUAUGGACGAAGUCUCAACGUCACUAACACCACUAAUCUCGUCGUCGAUGACUCGUUGGACGAGUCGGAAAUCGACUACGACACGGAGGACGACGCCUACGACGAUUAUGAUAAUUACGACUAUAGUGAGGGAAAGGGACAAGAAUCGAAUAAAUUUGAAUUGAGAUUGAGGACGACCCAUUCGGAAGGUGUUAUCGCAUGGGUCGGCCGCGGCAAAUUGGAGCACAUGAUGUUAUCUCUCCACGAGGGUUACGUCGUGCUGUCCUAUCGUGACAGGAGGGAACAAUUUAUUCUCCGCAGUAACGAAAGAGUCGACGACGGCUACUUCCAUCAUAUACGGGCGGUGCGUCGGCGUCGCUCGACCGUCCUGCACAUCGACGAUCAAAUACCCAUCAAGCAGAUGAUCGACACCGGGCCGCUCGUCACCAACGGCCGACUGUUCGUCGGCGGCCGGCCCGGCCAUCGCGGAGUCAAAGGCUGCAUGCGCAACUUCGUCGCUGACAAGCGCAGCCUGCAUCUGUCCAGACGAAAAAUCGAGCUCUGUCACGAUAACGACGUGCGCCGCCGAUAAUCCUCGUCCCAGCAACAGACAGAGAGAGAGAGAGAGAGAUCCUUCCCCUCGUCAUGUGUAUACAAACACGCGCUGUUGUGAGAUGUCGCUGACACGCGUAGCGCCUCUCUAGUUAUAAAAUCUUGAUUUUUCACUUGUGCGUUUAUUGUAAAUAUUUAGCUGUAUUGCGUGUAAUUUUACGAGAAUUCAACACGUGUAACUAUAUUAUGCAUACGCGUGUUGAAUCGAUAUUAUAGAUUUUUACUUGAGUUUCAACGACAGCAUUGAGUGCGCCGACGAUGAGCUUUCCAUUAAACCCUAGUAUACAUUAUAAGUAUAAAAAAGCGCUGCGAAAGAAAGUCACGACAUUUCAUAACACAGCUGAAAAUGAGAAAAAGAUAAACACUUCCGAGCUCUAUAUAAGUAAUUUAUUAUAUGUGCGAUGAAAACUGAAUUAGUUUAAGGAAUUUCACCUAUAUAGAAAUCGUUGCGCGGCUUGACGUGCUUGUGGAAGUUAAAAGGUGAAAGAAAAUAAAAAAAGUUCAAGUGCUACGUUCUCAUCGAAGGACAAUAAUUUAUAUUUUUAAGAGAAUGAAAAAACCGACGCACGCGCUCGACGCGGGCGCGCGUUGGGUUAUAAAUACAUAUAAAUAAAUAAUAAUAAUAAAAAGAAUUAUUAUAACGAUGAUAUAAAAGAAAUAGAUAUGAAAUAAUCUAGGAUGUACUUACGAAUUUAUUGCGUAUACGUAAGUCUGUGUAAACGAAAGUUAGAGAGGAAGCGAGUAUAAUAUUAUUUGCUUUUUUCUCGACAAAUUCCAAAUUCAAUUGAUUUGAUGAAGUGAAAUAAUUUUUCAGUUGCGUGGGAAUAAAAUUUUGCCACGCUCAUUGAAAACGUAUGAGACUGAUUAGUAAAGGAGACAGAGUAAUACGCAAUAUAACAGUACAGCUUCUCGUAGUACAAGGAGGGAAAAACAAACGCGCUGAAAAAAAUGUAAAUCGAUGUUAUGUUUGAGUGUUUCAGUAGAGAGAUUUAACAGAAAUAUUUGUGCAUAAAUAGAUUCGCCCAAUAGUAGACGCUGUAAUUUAUAUAUAGAAAUAAAUAUAUUACAAUUAAAUACAACAUAAGCGUGAAUGUAAAAUGCCAUAUAAAUUGAAAUUUAUAAAUAAAUACCGGUUGUAAGAAAAGGACGAUAAAGACCUAGUUUAGUCAGAGCUUUUUGUAAACUCGCGAUGUUCGGAAGCAGUUAUAAUGCCACAAUGUUCACUUCAAUAUACAUACACUACACGUACGAACAAUGACUAGAAAAUUGUGGAUGUAAAACUAUAUAUAUAUAUAUGUAGGCGAGUAUAAGUAACUUUUUGAUGUGCUAAAAACGCACCCCAAGUCCCCGACACUCCCUCCUGCAAGGGUAUCACAUUCCACGAGGAGGCAAACCAAUUCUCGAUAAAAAUAUAUAGAUUUGUCUCAUGUGAUGAUCCGAUGAAUGUUAACUGACAAAAGUUAGACAAAAUAAAAAUCAUUGUACGAGAAGUUUCAACUUAUUAUUAGACUUUGUACUUUAUUUAAGUAAAUCGCACUGUGUGUUAAAUUCGUGCUUAUUGAGAUUUUUAUACUUACCACUCGGAAAUUCGUUUGAUAUACAUAUCGAUCUGCACUGCCCUUUUUCAACGAUCUUCAUUUAUGUCGAUCAAUUAUGACAAACAUAUCUGUACGAGACUUUGAUAUCUUGACUAUACCUGUUGAAAAUUGUUACGAUGUUUAGAAAUUUUUCUAAAUUACAUCUCCGAUGGUUUGGCAUUUUUGCCAAGCUCUUUUUUAUUCGGUGAGACGUACGUUGCGCACACUUGAAACCUCUUGUACAAAUAUUUGUGGAACGUAGAAAAAAAUGCUGUUUUAUGCUCUGUCUGCUAAAUAACGCGUUUAUGUACACGAUAUAUAGUCUAGUGUGAAUUGCGAAUCCGAAAAGCAUGCCAUGUUUCCUGAAAAAUAACAAUUGUAAAUACUUGUAUAAGAUUUUAAGUUAAUUAUAUCAUAGUUAUACACUGUUUAAUAUCAUUGCAAACUA